AUAACAACUCUUUAAAAGAAGAAACAAGGAAAUUUAAAGCUAUUAACAGAGCAACAUCUCUGCAAUGUCCGAUGAAACCACUGUCUCCUCCGGUCACCACCGGUUUUUUAUUCUUCACCAUUCAACUCGCUCUCCACUCAGCGCUGAACUCGGUCACUGCUUGUUCACCUGGAGUUCGUAUAUUGUGGCGAAUGGUGGUGGCAAUCGGUUCAGCUUGGUUCCUAUGGUAUUUGUUUUCUCUCAUUGGAAACCAGAUUUUUGUUCCUCUUUUCUCUACAUGUAACUGGAUCAUCAGACCAUACCCUAGGAUGAGUUUGGAAGAAGUAAUUUACUUUUAGGGUUUAUAUUAACUCAGUCAAGUUCAUAAGAUCAUGGUUGUCUUUCUCAACUCAGAAUAGUUCAUAAAAUUUGUAAGAAAUUGUAGUAUUUUUCCCUACAUCUUGAACAUGCUUGCACAUAAGUGUUAUAGUUUAAUAAUAAUAGUAGUAGUAAUAAUUGAAGGUCUAUUGGUCUAACUUAAUAGCUGUUAUUUGUAACUUAUGAAAAUAGUUUACAAUUUAAAUGAGCUAAAUUUGAAUCUGUAAAAACAACUUAUACAAGGGUGUUUUCAUUUCUGGUACAAAUAUUAUUUUUUUGGCAAUGAGAGUGUUUGCAUUUGUGUAAAUGUUUGAAACCAUUUAUAAGUAGGUUAAUAAACUAUUUUCUGUUUAUCUCCUGGUAAUAAAUCAUGAAAACAACUUACACUUAAACUUACAUCCCAAGUGCAACACUAUUUUUAAUUUAUUUUCAAUAAUAGAAACAGCUUAUGCGCCAAUACUUGCAUCAUAAACACUUAUAAGCACUUUGGUGGUGUUUGAAUAAAUUUCACUCUUAAAUAUUUAUAAUGGGAAAAAGCUGUUAAAAUGAAUUGAGUUUCUUCAAUAAAGUCUACUUGUCUACUUGUAAAUUUCACUUCUUGACAAAGUUAAAUCAAAAGACUUCUGUAAAAGAUAACCGCACUAGUUACAGGAGAAAUGUUUGGAAGUCCCACAUUGCAUACAUCAAGUCUUUGAGUGCAACUUAUAUCCAUGUGGGGCAGCUUCUUUGAUUAAUACCUAUUUGUUUUAAGAUGGAAUAUUACUUACCCUAUAGUAGGAUUGCCCAGUUUACCAGACACAUUCCUCUGUGGCAUGUAUGGUGAAGUCCCAUAUUGUCUGUCUACCUUUGAUAGUCCUCCUUAAAACAUAGGUUUCAAAACCAGCUAAAUAUUGUGGUUCAAAGAAAACAGUAGUUUAAAAGAAAAGAAUUCACGCUUACCUUUGAUAGUCCUCCUUAAGACAUAGUUUCAAAAACCAGCUAAAUAUUGUGGUUGAAAGUCUGAUUCAAAGGAAGCAGUAGUUUAAAGGAAUUCACACAUUUAAGGGAAGCCAAUGGAAUACCUGAUGUGUUGUCUAAAUGUGGUUUGAAUAUGAAAAUUUCUUUCAAUUUUUUUACCAGAUCUUCUUUGGUUAGCUUUAUCAGCAAAUACUGUUGGCAUUAGUUUAUUUUGAGGUAGCUAGUAUAGUUCUGGGACAUUGAAGUCUAGUUUUCCACAGAAAAAAAAAAAAAAAAACAACAUACACUUGGCAAAAAUGCCAAAUUUGAGAAGUUUCUUUCAGUUCUUGUUACCACAAAUAAUUAUGAAAGUACUGUGUAUUUUUACUUCCUUUCCUUUUUUUCUCAGAACAAACAGCCUUAAUAUUUACCUUCAUAGAAAAGAUUAUGGCUCCAGUAAGUACUUUGAAAGUUACCAUGCACUUUUUCUAGUAAACUUCACUUGUUAUUUUAACAAUAGCAGAGGAUCAAGAUCAUUAGUUUUUUCUGAGAGUACAUGUAAUGGUAUUGGGUUAUUCGACAAUUUUGGAUUUCAAUACUGUUUAUAUUAGUAUUUUGUGAAGUAUUUAAGAAAAGAAAUAUUGAACUAUAAGUGAAUAGAUUUAUUGUAAAUGUGAUUUCUCCCAAUCUGUCUCGGCACAAAUGAAAUUUGGUGGUGCAUUGGUGAUUGUUUGUAACAUGUCCCUACUCUUUGAGGGAACUAUUAUAUAUUGUUGCAAGUUUUGGUCUAUAUCCCUCGUCUCAGUUCGUAAAUUCACCGCUUUACAUGAUUGUCCUUGGCCUCACUACAUACAAUUUUGUAACUGGUUGAUGGGUUAUUAUUCUCAGAAUAUUGUUAAUGGUUGCAGGAUUUAUUUGGUGUGGUUGGUUAGGUAUUGGAAUCUCACCUCAAUUUUUUAUUAUUCAUUGACUUUAUGUAAUACAUUAAGCGCUGAUGUUUUUGUUCCGUACAGCUGCAGUUUUUUGGCUGUAAGGUUUAAUCUUCUCCAUGGAUCUGAAUGGCGAGUUAUGUUAAUAUAUGACUUCCCUUUUGCAAUUAUUGGAAUACCACUCAAGGUGCAAAGUAAACAAAAUUUACUAGAUAGACAAUCAUCAUGACAAAAUUGGGCAUCAUAGUCAUGUUUGGGCCCUUUCUAAUGUUAAUAUUAUUGCUAAAAAAUAGGUCAACACUAGAAGGGGUGGGUUGACAGUAGACAGUCUGAUGUAUGGACUUUAUGCUUUUAAAAGACUUUUGAUAAAAUGAUUUCCACAAAACUAAAGUGUAAAGAUUUAUCGACAUAUAUACAGUUUACAAGUAUAAUAGAAGAGCGGCGAAAUCUCGUUUCAUCACUUUUGAUUUAUAUGUGGACAUAAUGUCACUGUUGACAAACCCUCCUUAUCUCUCCUUGAGACUAAGAAGACCAAGUAUUAUAUGACACUAAGCUGCUUUUGGCUUUCUUUGACACCAGGUAUUGGUUAUAAGAAUUGUGUAUUUGUUGUUUAGAUGUUGUUCUUAUUUUUUAGGCUUCAAGAAUGUGUUCAUGGUAAGACAUUUGAUAAUGGGUACUGAAACAAAUCUUUGAUUGUUACUCCAAAUAGCUUUUAUUCUUUCAUGUUAGACUGCUUAUGUGUAUCUCUGGUUUGUUGAUAUGUGCUGGACACAUCAAAAAGGAAAUUAAAUGUACGCGUCUUAGGGAUAAAUUGUAAUACUUUUCUUUUUGUGUUAUAUUAUUGUCGUUUACAAUUUUAAAUUGAAGCAAGUAAAAAUAUUCAUCUUUUUUUAAUAAGAUCUUACCAGAAAGUAAAUCCUUUCCGAAAACGGACUGUUGGAUGCUGGAUAAUACUUAUUGAUAUAAACAAAUUAUAUACGCUAGAUGACAAUGCUGUUUUUGUCUUAUAGAAGGUUAGAUAAUAUAAAUUCAUUAAGCUUUUUAAUUGAUUUAGCUAGUUCCAAAGUAUAUGUUCAAACAAGAGGAUAUGUGGUUUAACUCUGUUGUUACUUCAAAACUUAAUCUUGAAUGUUAUUAUCAAAACGUAGUGUAAAUGUCAUCUAGUAUGUUUAAACAGUGUGAGACUAGACUAUUUGAGUCUUAACAGGUGUUUCAUGUUUCUCUUUGUGCAUUGAUGUUUAAUUGAAUGGUCCUGUGGGUCAAGUACUCUUUGUAUUGUUAAUAUUCUGUCAUUGUGCCAUGUUUUCUGCAGUAUGCAAAACUCAUGCCAGCAUGCGUCAUUUAUUCAAAUGCUCAAAGCUUGAGGUAAACAUGUGCAACUCCAAUUCUUAAACAGUGUCCAUGGAUCAUGCCAAAAUUGUCAAUGACAUAUGGUUGUACAUCUACCAGGUGAAGAGUGAUUUUACCAGAUAUUGGUAUGGAGGUGAGAAGCAUUUGGAUGAGACAUGGAUACAAACAUUCUUAUAUGACCAUAGAGACGGGAGGACCCUCCCAAUAUUGCAAACCAGCCGUCUUGCCUUUGCUGCUCCCCUCAACUCACACCAUUCAAAGAGAUAAUUCCUUUCUCCUACUCCAAAUGGACGUGAGAUUUUCUUCCGCUCAGACUAAGAACUCCCAGGAGAAUGUUGUGGCCAGUCCUCCAAUUCAAAUUGGGGGAAAAUCUUGUCAUCAGUGCCGGCAAAAGAAGGAAAACUUUCUUGCAAUCUGCAAGAAUUUAAAAAAAGGGAAGAAUUGCCCUGUUAAGUUCUGCCACAAGUGCCUCUCGGCUAGGUACGGGGAGAAUGCUGAAGAGGUCGCAGCGUUGGCUGAUUGGAUAUGUCCAAAGUGUCGAGGUGUUUGCAACUGCAGUCUUUGCCAAAAGCGACGAGGUGAAGUGCCUACUGGUCAAAUGUAUCGCAGUGCCAAAGAAUCUGGCUUUAAGUCAGUUGCAGAGAUGUUAGCGUUUAAGAAGGCUUCAAAGGCAUUAAAUCCAUCAAGCGAUGGUAGUCUGAAAGAGGAGCGUGAAGUAUUUUUUUCGGGGGAACUUGGAAAGGCAAGUUGCUCAGAUGCAAAUGAUCUCACUGACGUUUGCAACAGAGAUCAUGGUGGUGAUAAUGUUGGUACCAUCCUUCAAAGGUUCCCAAAUGUUGGUAUGAACCUAGAAUGCAAAAUAAUUGAAGAGGAGGUUCUUUUACCACGUGGCAUCGAGUUAAAAGAAAUAUAUGGCAUGGAGUUACAACCGAAAGAUGUUGGGAAUGCAUUGCAGUUUCUGGAAUUUUGUAGAGUGUUUGGAAAGGCUCUUGAUCUCAAGGAAGAAGAAGCUAAAGCCAUUUUUGAAGAAUUGAUAAGUGAAGAAAGUAUGGAUGAACAUAACUCUUCACUGAUUCAAUUUCACAUUAAACUUUUGGCAUUGAUCCUAAGUGAUUCGGAAAAAGAGUCUCAGUCCUUACUUACGAAGAGUGAAACUAAUUCAUGGAUAAAACAUUUGGAGGGUUUAAUGAUGCAAUCGCAUCAUAUUCUAAAUGAUUUUCCUGUGAAUUGGUUUCAAGAGGGCAUAAGUGGAUAUUUUAAGUUGGAUUUGUCUAAAAAGUUUAGACUAAUGACUUUUCUCUGUGACGAAGUCUUGAACACAGAGAAACUGAGAAGAUAUAUUCAAGACGAAAAUACGAAACAAACAAAAAGAGUAAAAGAAGCGAAACUUAAGAUUGCUGCAGCUAAAGAAAAGGUAAAGUGUCUUAGGCAGAGGUUGCGUAAUGAGAAGGCCAAAGUGUCCCCAUGUCCGAUGGAGGAGUGUGAUGCUCUUAUAGACAUAAGAACCCAAGUUGAUGAAGCACACACUGAUAUGCUCAGCUUAAAGAGCACAAAUCAAAAAGAAAGUGGAAGUGAUGCCACGAGAAUUAAUCCAGAGUUCGUGGACAACAAUGGGAUGACCUUUUGGAACUUACGAAGUUACAAUGAGGAGUCUGUUGUUUUGCGGCAAGAUCUAAAAGUACAAGAUGAAGCUGUUACAUCACCUGAAGAAAGCUGGUUCGUUUAUAGUCCUAAGGAGAAGGAUGAGGUUGAUAAAUAUAUUUCUUCAAGGGCUAAAAGACGUAAGAACUCUCAAAUAAUAGCAUGACGCUGGCCAAAACACUGCAUCAUGAUUUUGAUGAUGGCCGUUCCUCAUUUGUUUUUGAAUACAAGUCAUUGUAUAAAUUUUUUGUAUUUUAUUUUAGUGGAAUACGAAAUGAAAUUAUUUUUUUAAUUUAAUUACUAUUAUGGUUGUAUUUAUUUAUUUAUUUAACUAGUUAGAUGUAGUUAGAUGUACAGUGAUAUAUCCAUUGAAAAGUGAUGUAUGUAUUCUGAAUAUUUCUAAUAGUUACGAUUUGA